UCACUUGAAGGGUAAACUGAAAACACUUUCAUUCAUUUUUGAUGAAGAGUGCAAGUACUACGUUUUACUACAUCAUAAAGAACUCAUUAUGAACCGUAACGUAUUUUAUUUGAUACUGGUAGUUUUUGUUUCAGUUGCGCCAUAUAUCUGUGCGGAGAAAAAAAUCGUGUGCUACGUCGGAACAUGGGCAGCAUAUCGGCCAGGACGUGGACGUUUCGACAUCGAUCACAUUGAUCCUUUUCUGUGUACUCAUAUUAUCUAUUCGUUCUUUGGCAUCAACACCGAUGGAUCCAUUAGAAUCAUUGAUCCGUACUUGGAUUUAGAAGACAAUUGGGGUCGAGGGCAUAUAAAGCGCUUCAACAGCCUGAAGCAUACGAAUCCAACUUUGAAGACAUUGGCAGCUGUUGGAGGUUGGAAUGAGGGGUCGAAAAAGUUUUCGAUUGUAGCUGCAAGUCCAACUUUGAGGCAAAGGUUUAUCACAGAAAGCGUACAAUUUUGCCGAACACAUAAUUUUGAUGGCAUUGACCUCGACUGGGAGUAUCCUGCGCAGCGCGAUGGAGAUGUAAUCAAUGACAGAGAAAAUCAUGCAAAAUGGCUAGAAGAGAUGCGGCGAGAAUUUGAUCGCCAAGGCUUGAUACUGAGUGCGGCAGUUGGAUCCGUCGAAUAUUCUGCAGGCAUCUCUUACGACAUUCCGCGUGUUGCUGCCGCGUUACAUUUCAUCAAUUUAAUGACCUAUGAUAUGCAUGGUGCAUGGGAUAUCUACACCGGAUUGAAUGCGCCUCUCUACGAAGGACCGUCUGAUGUAUCCAAUUUGGAAAAGCAACUGAACGUGAAUGCCAGCAUCCACUAUUGGCUAUCGCAUGGAGCACCGAAGGAAAAGCUUAUUUUGGGGGUUCCACUAUAUGGGCGUUCAUUCACACUAGCUAAUGCGGUUGAAAAUUCUGUAGGAGCACCAGUCAACGGCCCUGGAAUCGCUGGACCCUACUCCAGGGAACCAGGAGUAAUGGGAUACAAUGAAUUCUGUGAAAAACUUCAGACUGAACAUUGGGAUGUUUAUCAAAGUGUUGAACAACGGGGAAUUUACGCUGUGAAUGGUAAUCAAUGGCUAGGGUUUGAUGAUCCCACAACAAUUCAAUUGAAGAUGGACUAUAUUUUACAAAUGGAUCUUGGAGGGGCCAUGGUGUGGUCAUUGGAGUCUGACGAUUUUCUUGGCGUUUGUCACGUAAAAAAUAAUAUAUUGAUGAAUACAAUAUAUUCCGCCUUGCACAACGGCUUACAACCACCGACAACCGUAACAACAACUUCCACAACAACAUCGGUACCAGGCAAAUGUGCGGAGGAUGGUUUUUACUCUGAUCCGGAAUCAUGCCAAAAAUUCUUCGUUUGUUCAAACGGAAACAUUUUCCAUUUAUCCUGCCCUAGUGGGUUGGUUUUUGACCUACUAAAUCAAAUAUGCAACUGGCCUGAACUAGUUGAUUGUGACAGAAAAGAUCGGUAGAAUAUUUGAAAAAUAUAUAAAAUAAAAUGAA